UACUGCACCGCUGGUACGAUACACAUACGGCUGCCAGACAGCCAGUCGGCGAUCCAACGUGCAAUCGACACGGGAAUGAAGGGGCGGGGGCGAAUUUAAAGGCAGCAGGUGUUUCCGACAGCAGCCGCAGUGCCGAUCAAUUGUUGCAAACAUACACAGCUUGCUAUUUUUCUUGAUAUGGGUGGAAACAUACACGCGUGCAUGGCGGCCCAGCUAGCAGCAGUGCGCCCAGCACGUCAGUCUGACUGCUUGACUUUGCGCUUGCGGCGUCUUCCCUCGGGCCGGCGAUGCAAAACGCUAUGAGGGCAAAACUCAAGUACAACAGAUAUCUCUCACGCGGCUGACGGCAGUACACGCAGCGCAGCCUGACGCCGCGCGCCAGAAGAGGCGAUUCUUGUCUUCGCGUGACGGAUGAAGGCGGGCUAGCGCACCGUCUAGCGCACACACUAGUUCAUUGUAACUAUUGUAGAGUACGUAACUCGGGCAAUUAUACCCCCAAGGUUCAACAGAGCUCUCUAUUGGUAUCACAUGAUUGUGCUCGCGCUGCUCUCAGACCACCAGGUGACGGCGGCAACACGCCUGCUCCGCUGAUUCAGAAGCUCUCUUAGUGUCACGACUCUCACUGAUGGUUAGGGCAUGUCCAGGCCCAGCCGCGCGGUUGGUCUAAAGCCUUGCUCCAGGGCGGUGUCCGACGCGCGCCACGAGCCACCGUGACGUGCAAAAGAAGCGUUCAAUAUGCAGCAUGUAAUCCCAGUAGGCAGAUGAGGGUGGGCGAAGCCAGGAGGUCAGCGCCAACAGCAUGGAGCAGUUCGCGCCAGUCUUGACGGUGCCGCGGCACUUUUGGGACAGAGAAUUUGGCCCAGGCACUUCAUUACCACGGCCAGUUUCUGUGUCGUUCGAGGUGGACGGCCAGCUGGCCCAGAAUGUCCCGCCACAAGACUGUUAUGUCUCUCUUACUGAGGACUCGGAGCUACGCCUGUCCGGGCUCUGGAGUGUUUGCAAUGAUGUCUUUGCGGGGCACGUUGUGGUGGGAUGGCGCCGGAUAUGCGAAGACGAGCUGCGACUCCAACUUUCUAGCCCUCGCGUUGAUGACACCGUGGGCGACUCGGUGGAUAAGAAGCGCCGCGCGCCUGCACACGCAGCUGAGCUGCAGGCGAAGGUCCCGGCGCUCGGCCUAUCGAUGCUUUCGGCGGGGCGCUCCCCUCUGGGUUGGGACGACAGAGAGCCGCAACCUGAGGUCUCACUACCGCAGCUCCUGGGGACGAUGCCGCCGCUGCCGGCCGUGGGCAGCUCAGCCGGGGUUGCUAUGGCGUGGCGUGGCAGUGGCGGUGGUGGCCGCGGCCGGGGUGCUGGCCGCGGGCGGGGGCAGCUGCGCUCUUCCCAGACUGGCCGGGGCUGUGCGAAGCUGGUGCGCACCACGACGCGCCUUUACAUAGGUGUGGGGCAGGUCCGGGAGUGGCUCGGAGAGGUCAACUCCCGAACGGAGCUUCUAGUCAAGGUGAACCUGGACAGCCGGCUGGUGGCGGGCGUGCACCAGGCCGACCUGCUGUACAACCGCGGCGCCCACUACUACUGGAUCACCAGCCGCACCCUGAAGCGGGCGGCCAUGGGCAAAUGGUUCCUGGGCUGGAGCCACAGCGCCGCGGAGGGGCUGGUGCUGCUGCUGCGCUCGCCGUCGCGCGACGAGAUGGCGGCGGCGAUCGCGGAGGGCUUCCAGCUGAAGGAGGAGGAAGAGGAGGAAGCCACGGACGCGGGUGCGGGCGGAGGAGGAGGAGGCGGGGCGCCCUCCGGCAGCCCUCCCGGGCCCUCCAUGCGCGCCGCAGGUGGCGGCGGGGCCGGCAGCGAGCGGCUUGGGGAUCAGGAGGCCGCGGCUCUCGACCGGUCCGACGGGCUGCUGCUGCCCGCGGGCACCGGCAGGGCAGGGCGUGCGCAGGCGACUCGCAGCUUGGCGGCGCUUGCGUACGGCGGCGGCGAUGGCGACCUGCUGAUGCCGCCGCCCGCCCCAGUGGUGGGCGGGUUGGACCUGGCGGCCGGGGGUGGCGUCGGCAGCAUGGGCGCGGGCAGCGCAGGCGGCCUUCUGGCACAGGAGUCGCCGUCGCUACGGCGCCAGGCGGGCUCGGGCUGGCGCAGCGGGCCCGGGCCGGAAGAGGACGAGGUGGUUUCUGGGGCCAUGGCGCACGACGGCAGCGAGCAGCGCGGCGGCGGCCGCGGCGGCAGCAACGGGCCCGGCGGGCAGGUGGCGCACUCGGGCGACCCGCGGCUGCUGCUACAGCAGCAGCGCGGCGCACUGCCGACGGGCUCGGGAGGUGGAGGCGGGCCGCGGCGUGGCACGCCGGCACUGAGCACGGGAAGCGGGGCGGACCGGGAGCGCAGCCACAGCCAGCUGCGUGGUGACGCCGGGGGCCUGCUGGACCACCACCGGGACCUGGAGCAGCUGCUCGGCGGCGCCGCCAGCACGGGCAGCGGCGGCGCCGGGCCCAGCUGGCUGGGUCAGGGGCCGUCAUAUCGGGGGCAGCAGCAGUCCAGCAGGAGCGGCGGAAGCGCCGGCAGCGAGGGCCGCGGCGGCGGCGGCGGAAGCGGCUCGGUGCUUAUAUCGGGCGGCACGGCGGCUCGCUACACCAACUUCGAGGAGGUGCCCGGCGGCUCGGCCUUUGGCACGGCCGUGCUGAACCUGCAGGCUGACGCCGGCGGUCAGGAGCUGCUGCCCGGGCUGCAGGGCGGCCACGGCGGCGGCGGCGGCGGCCCGCUGCCCAGCGUGUCUCAGCAGAUCGGCGGCGGGCUAGGGCCGGGCCGGCCGCCGGGCGGCGCCGGCGCCGGCGCCAACGCCGCAGGUGGAGCUGGCGUCGGGCCGGGCGGGACGCUGAUGUCGCAGGCCGGCCCCGCCGCCAGCAUUGCCUCCACGCCGUCGCACGCGGCGCCAACGCAGCUGACGGCGGGCAGCGCCGGCAUGCUGCAGAACCUGGCGUCGGGUGUGCUGGGCGGGCCUGCCUCCAGCCCGCUGCGGCUGCCCGCCAACGUGUCGGAGCUGCUGCCGCCCGAGUAUCUGCCGGCGGCGGUGUCGGUGCGCUACACGCUGGACGGCUCGCUGCAGGCCGACGUGUUCGGCUGCGAGAUCCACCGCACACGGCAGGGCCACUGCCACCUCUUCAACCUGCCCUCGGCGCUGCUGGAAGGCAGGCUGCAGCAGGACUGGAUGAUAUCCGAGGACGGCUGCCUGGUCCUGUGCCUCAAGACUGCGCCGCCGGGGCAGGGCCUGCUGCAGACGCAAGGCACGCACCCCGGCACAGGGCUUGGGGAGAAGGUGAGCGUGCGCAGCAACAUGGUCCCCGGGCCCAAGGCGGCGGCGGCGCAGGCGGGCGCGCAGGGUGCGGGCGAGGCGGCGCGAGGGCUGCCCGGGCCGCGAGGCCCCAACAACCCGCCUAGCCGCACGCAGCCGGCCGCGGAGGCAGCCGCAGGCCGCGCCACGGAGCUGCUGCCGGAUGCUAGCGCGGCGCUGCCGCCCCUAGGGCCCGGCGGCGGCGCGGCUGCUUCUGCCGCUGCACAGCGCCAACAGCCCGAGUCGGGCGCAGCCGCGGGCGCCGGGACACAGGGGCAGGGCUCGGGCUCCGGGGCGUCUGGAGGGGACCCGGGUAUUGUCAAUGCGACGCUGCCGAGGAAGCCGGACGGGAAGAACCCGCUGUUCGUGGCGCGCUCGACGCUGGAGAGCAUCUACGGCCCCGGCCCGGUGCAGCUGCCGUUGCCGGUGAUUGUGCGGUUCCAGAUUGGAGACGAGCUGGACCCGCAGGUGUAUCUUGCGGAGGUGGUGGAGGCGGGCGCCGGCCAACCGCAGCUGCUGGGCACGCCGGCGGACGUGCUGCACGGCCGCAUACUUGUGGGUUGGGGCCGCAUGUCGAUCAUCGGCCACAAAGUGCUGGUGCCCAUUCUGGAGCAGCGCGAGGAGCCGCCGCAGCCGGCCAAGGCUGGCGUGGCAGCAACCACUGGGAGGCCGCUGUCGUCUGACGAGGCGUCCCGUCUGGGCGCCACCAACGGCUCCGGCUCGGGUGCUUCUGGCGGCUCCGGCGCGUCCACUCAGGCGCCAGGCGGCACGCCCGCGGCCUCGGGCGCCCUGAAGAGCCAGCCGUCACACUCGGUCGCGGCCGGGUUCACCGCUGCGUCCGGCGACAUGGCAAAGACGCGAUCGCCAGACACGGGUGUCGCAUCCAUGUCCGGCAUCCCCGGCGGUGGCGGCGGCGGUGGCGGCUCCACGCCCGCCAUACGCAACCUGGGGCAGUCGCCGAGCGCGGGCGGCGCCGCGGGCGGGCUGCUGACGGGGAUGCCGCCGCCGUCGGCUCCGCCGCCGCUGCAGCCGAUGCUGAGCGGGUCGAUGCUGCCGGGCGUGGGCAGCAGCAAGUUUCCGCCCACAGGCAGCCAGGCGCUGCUGAACCAGGGCAGCAACCUGUUGCCCGCGCAGGCCAGCAACCUGCCGCUGGCGGGCAGCUCCCGGCCCGAGCUGGCGGCGCUCAACAGCCGGCCGUCGGUGGCGCUGGGGGCGCGGAUGAGCACGCCGGGGCUGCGGGCUGCCCUGUCCACGCCAGACUUGGGCGGCACAGGUGGCGGCAGCCCUAGCGGGCUGCUGCAAACGCUAGCAUCGACCUCGAUGCCGGGGCCUAUGCACGCGCCCGCGUCGCGGCCGCCGACGGCCGGCGGGCGCCCCGCAGGCAACACCGGCUGGGCGCAUGAGUCGGGCCCAGCGGCUGGCAGCGGCGGCGGAGGGUUGGCGGCUGGCCUGCACGCGCCUUCCGCUUUUGCGCUAUCGGGACCGCAGCUGGAGCUGGCGCCGUCACAGCAGCACCCGAACCAGCAACUGCAACAGCAGCAACAGCAGCAGGACGCGGGCGCGACGGCUCCGAGCAGCCGGUCCGGCGCCCCUGCGGCCAGUGCAGCUGGCAACGCGGCUGCGCCGCACCGGCAGGAGGGGCAGCAACCGAAGACGCUGGCACAGUUUGCGGCGGCGCUUGGGCACGUGGCUAUGGCCGCUCGUGCUGACGGCCAAACGCAGCCGAGGCUGGAGCUUGACUACAGCCUCGGCACGGCACACCGCGAUGGGGCGGACAACGGCGGUCGCUCUGCAGGGCACGGGAGCGCGCGUGACGGGCGCGGGCAGGCUCGGGCUCAGGCCCAGGAUGCGGGCCAGAGCAAUGGUGCUGCGAUGGAGGAAGACAUGGGCGCAAGGCCGCCGGGCGCGCGCGCCGUGCUGCGUUUGCUGAGUGCGGUGGAGCGGGAGCCAGACACCUGAUCCACCCGGCUGCGCAGCUAGAGAAUAUGUAGUGUCUUACAUUGGUGCGUGCGCAAGGGUUCCCUAGUGCCCGGCAGCUGCGAGGAAUGUGCGUUUCUUCAGCAUAUGUGAAGGCAUGGUCAGGAGACGGCACAUCGGCUAGAUUUGAGUUAACACUGCUUAGGUCAGAUGAAUGCCAGCACUCACACAUUCCCUCCGCGCCAGUCUUUGCGCAGAGGCAGCCUGCCAUUUGCAUUGGUCGCUGUCCAUAUGUGGUGGUCUUGUCGCACAUACAACGAAGGCCCUUGCACACGCCGGUUGGCAUACUGGCUAGCACCGUACUUUUCAUGUCCUUGCAUGUUCUUCACAACAGCAACGACAACAACAAAUAGCGGGGCUUCAGGACUGCCACGCGACCGCAUUGUGGUUUAUAGAUCGCAGCCCGAGGGCGCUUUAGCGUAAUUGCAGAUGCGUGGGGUGAGGUGCCUUGUGUUCGGGUGCCGGGCCUGAGUGCCCUGCGAUUGACUCCCGUGCGGAGCCGUUCUUACUAUUGAUUGCAAGCCUCAUGGCGAGACAACGCGACGCGCCUGCUGCGGAUAUGUGUUGUAGCAGCGCGGUCGGAGCAAGAACUAAGUUGAGGACCUGGGGAGAAUUUGAAAGGUCAUCUGACAGUGCAUAUGAGACGGGCGCAUCCGCAAAGUGGGACCACUACAAUGGUAGGCACUUGAUUUCCCUUUUUACGUGGUCGGUUCUUAUAGAUGUGCGCCGAUGAAGCUACGAGGGUCCAAGUGGAUGCGGCGGGGCAUUGGCAUGCAUUGCUAACAUCAUCACAGCAUAAAAUUCUGUGUGCAUGGGAUGUGGGCCAUGGAUGACAAGCCCCAAUGAGAGGUGGAUGUAUGGGCUUGGUCUCACCAAAACAAUGCGGGCACAUUACAGCUGCGGGUUUUCCAAACUAAUCGCGCCUGGUUCACACCCUCAGGGGAUGGCAGGUGCUAGCGCAUUGGCAAAGCGCCGUUGGUCGCAAAUGAAGGGGAGGCAGGGGUAAUGAACAAUGGUCAGAACAGUGUACCCGGGAGUUGGCACGAAAUUCACUGGGGUUGGGAAGCCGGCAAGGUGCCAAGCCUGACGCUAUAAUCAGGCCCGGCCGAUGUGCGCAUAUCAUCAUACUGUGUUAACGCCACCAGUUCAGGUUACUUCAGUCGGGAUAAUGUCAUGGCCAGUAAUGUAGAGAGACUACUGCAAGGGAAAUCUUGUUGGUGCGGCCCCUCACUACAUCAACUUUGCCGCAGUGCUCACUAUAAGCAAAUCAUGGACAGUUGCAGGCAAGGUUUGCAUGGGUCUGGGUUGUUAUGUUGCGGGCCAUCGUGCGGUUGUGCCUUGCAUGGGUGGUUGGCUGCGCAGAAUGGCUGAUGGCGCUUGCAUAUGAACGCUGUGAACUUACGCUCUCGGCAGACUAUGGCACGUGGGACCUGCGCAAGGGAAAUGUUGUUGCUGUGUUAGAAGGUUGGGAGUGUGUGUCCCUUUCCACGGUAACGCGACCACGGUAACGCGACCAGGCCCAUCGCCUCACUUCAAGGAGACGCAAAGGCCGGCAGACAGACUUCCGUUUAGGCGGUCGUCAUAUGAUUACGUAGUACGGAACCGCUCGUGCUAUCUUGACCUAAUCACAACUCUUUGAUGCCUCCCCUAGUUCGCAGUUAUUACACCAAUGACCGCGCCGGCAGGCUCAUAGAGUUUGCUGACGCGCAAUCCUCAUGCUCCGGGCGCCCGGCCAGGCAAUAGCACCUGUGGCGCCUACAACGCCACAUCGUCGCAACCGAGCCACAUGAGCGCCACCGCGCACACUGGCCGCCGCUCUGACAGAAGAGGUUGCGCAGCGCCACAUCGUGCAGUCCUUACAGGGCUUGGCCGCGGCGGCGGCGGCGCAGGGCCUGGGCCCAGCAGUGGCGGCGUGCCUCUUCGUAGCGGAGGGGGCAGGCAUGGCCACAUGCAGGAGGAGAGCGCGGUGCCAGCCCUAUUUUCCCUUGCGAGGGAGAACCACCUUUGACCGUUCUUGUCUCUUCCGAUGUGGCUGGCUCUGUAAGGAACCUAGUUCCAAAACGGCAUGCUCGUUACAGGCUCAUUCUUUGGCGGUGUGGUGUGGUGGGUGUGAUGCGGCACAGGCAGAAUGUACUGGUGCCCAACUGCCCAUAGGUGCCGUACAAUGGAUUGGCCGGGCAGGGCCGGGCUUGCAGGGCUGUGAAGCGGCGGGCAUACUCAAAAUGCUAAGAACACGGUUACCAGCAGGAAAGGCAUUCCUGCCGGCACGAUACCGAAACACCUGAGGCAGGAGAGGGCUUUUACUCUGCGCAAUACCGGUAGGCAUUGCCAAUCGUACAUCAUUUGUCCGUCGUUCGUUUCUUCCAGUCCCCGCGGCGUUACACGCAAUGACGAGUGUGGUGGGAACGAAUGCGUACGUAGACCAGAGCGGACGGCGGAGUGGGCUUGCAGGUGGCACGAGAGUAGGCAGUCAGUAGCGCAAGUUGCGAAUUCACAUGUUACCUCGUAACCGACGGUAAACGCUGUGGACGGUCGCGCCCAUGGCUGGCUGACAGAAAGCGGCUGCUGUAUUGGGAUGGCUGGGCUGGACGACGGCGGCCGGGCGUUGCUUGGGACUACCAGAAAGGAUGCGCCCGAAACCAACCUGGAGAA